AUGAAGCUCGCCCACGUUCUGCCCAUCCUUAGCCUCGCCGCGCCAAUCGUAUGCAGGCGCAAACCUGAGACCUGGCCUCCCGGCUUACCUGGGGAUGACAUGAAACAUUUGGGUACCGACAAAUAUAUCAGGCCUCCCCCAGGUUGGAAAGCGCCAUCGAAGAAAGAAAAGAAAGCGAGAGAAGAAUGGAUCGCAGUCCACCGAAGCGUCACCGAAGCACUUGAAGAUUUCAUGUUUGAGACGACGCGGCCAAAGGCUCGGGACGAGGAACAGCUUAAUCUCAGAAUGCUGAGCGUGCAAGCGGCCACGGCGAGAGCGGCAGAUGGAAUUCUUACGCUGGACGGCCCUUAUUCUAGGGAUUCAUGUUUUGAUCUACUGCAUUAUUUUCCCAAGAUUGCUGAAAAGUGCGAGAAAGCAAUGAUGGCUCUUGAUGCUCCGACGCUCGCGUGUUCAGACGCCCUCGGUAAAGAGGACAAAGGGAGAUUGGCAGAAAAUAUACGGGAUCUCAGAUUGAUAUUCGCAGUGUAUGACUACAACUUCAGCCAGAGAUGUGUGAAUGAAGAAGUAGGGUCUCCGUCUUUGCCACUACCACUAGUCGAAGAUAUACUAUGGCAUUUUAAGAUGACUGCCGAGCGGUAUGCGGGCAUUGGUGAGUACUGUAGGUCCAAGGGUUUGAACUCUUCUGAUAUUGGGGAGUGGUGA